AUGGGGGGACGGCCACGGGGAUUCAUGAGAAAGCGUUUUCGACGCAUCCCGAAGAAUUUCAGACCAACAAAAUCGAGAAUAGAUCGCAAAAGUCCAAUUGUUCCCAAUUUGGCAGCCGUUCAGGGUUCUAACGGAUUAUUUCAAGAUUCAAGUGAAAUUGCAACUUUCGAUUGGCCACGUUUAGCACCUACACUGUAUGACUAUCGUGGCCCCUGCGGGGUCCUUGAACCGAAAUUAGUUUCUUUAAAGUCUCUUAAGGCUAUUUGUGCAAACAAAGUAGCGAGAAAUAUCGAGUUCAUCGCAUCACUGAGCAUUCAUGAAAUACCUUGGAGUGCUCUUAGUGAAGUAUGGAAACAAUGUCUCAAGCUCAAUACUGAUUCACCAAGAGUUUUUUCAAUGUUUGCUCAGAAGUUUUAUAAGCAAAAAGAUUUUAAAUGUCACAAUCAAAAACUCAAACUGAAUAACGAAGUUGCAAAAAUACGACAUGAGGCUAUCGAGUACCACAAACUACCUAAUUCCAGAAAACAUCGCAUAGAAAUCGUCUAUCUGAACGUGCGAAUAAGAGACACAGUGAGCUACAGUUUUAAGCUAGAGACUUGCUCGUGGAUUAUCUUAGACCUAACUUCUUUCAAAGCAUCAAAAGACGAUAUGUUACUGGUGCUUAAUUUUCAAAACUUGGUAUGCUUGGAUUUGUCUUACAGCGCCAUAGAUGAUUCUUUUGUAUACAGCCUUGCUUCAAGCAUACUUCGAGAAGGAAAGCUCUCAAAAUUGACUAUCAUUCGUUUGGUCAAUUGUAAAAAUGUCACCAUUGAUGGAAUCAAAAGUUUGAUGAAUAUCAAGAACAGGGCCUCGUUUUCCCUAAGUUGCAUCGAACUGGACUUGGAACUCAACAAGGACAAUUCGUCAUACGUCCAUGACAACUGGUUUGUCACAUCGGACAACCAUAUGUCUUCGCUUCCUCUAACCUUAAAGUUACAAUAUUUAUUCAAGAACUAUGGUCCUCACAUCCUCGCGGAAUCUUCGUCGAAGGACAUCACUACAAACCCAGUGUACCUACUGUGGUCGAAGGAUUUCAUCCUUUUGGACCUUUCGUAUGUUGAUGUUGCGUUGGAUAGUCAGUUCAAUACUGACGCCAUGGUUAGUGGCUGGACGAAGCGUAAAAAUGCAAAUCACAAUUCAAAGCCAUGUUUCACAUAUGUGGUAGAUAAUAGGACGAGAGUAAAGUCUGAACCUUUGUCGCAACUAGCUCGUCCAUCGCUGUCUCGACAUGUGCCGAAAAUACAAAGAAACAGAAUCAAGUCUGAUGUGAAAAGUUUCUUUGAUUUAUAG